AUGCCCAACACGUCAGGGACACGGCUGCCUGAAGAGAUUAUCCACGCCAUCGUAAUACGACUUGACGAUCGCGAGAGUGGUUAUGGUGGAACUUGGCCGUACAGGCCAAAAAGGCCACCGAAGCACGGCCUCGCAUCUUGCAGCUUAACUUGCCGCCAUUGGGCCAAGAUCGUCAGACCCAUCCUCUUCUAUUCUCUCACUCUCAGGACCGCAGAAGACUUAUCCCAGCUGUCCGCAUUCCUUGGUGCUCCCGACUUCCUAGGCUGUUCCCUCGGACGUUGCAUUUUAGACCUGGAUGUUGUCGAAGACCGGUCAUCACCCGGCGUCCCAUGGAGUCACCGUUUCCCUCUCAUAAUACAUCAACAGCUCCGUCUCUCGAGCUACGUCACUUGGACUAUGAAUGGCACCCCAGCAGAUAACCAGGUUCAGCCGACAUCGAACCCGUUGUUGUUUCCGUCCGCUCUGCUUCCUAGGACGCUGCCCAUGUCCACGAUGCGUCUGGAACGCGUCAGCUUAUGCAAUCUACGGUUACCGUCUGCUCGUAGUCUGAUAAGCUUCGUCAAACACUUACACAUUGCUCAGCUCAAGCUUGAUAACAUUGUCUUCCCGGAGGAAAGCCUCUUCCUUCGACAUGUCCCACAAGCAAGCUCAUCUCUCCGAACUGCAUCUCACGACCGGCACGAGCAGUUCUUUUUUUCAAACUGCAUCAGGCAGCUGUCAAACCUUCCGUUCUGGCUUAAACUGUCCACUCUCCUCCUUACCAACCAGCGCCACCCGCCAUUAGAUGACGACAUUGAACAGCUGGUGGCAAAGCAUCUUCAUCUCCUGAGAUCGCUUCAUCAAUGCGAAGAUAGUAUUCCAGAGCUACGUGUCUAUCACACUGGUUUUUCCAAUGGCGAACAUGUGAGCAUCAAUAUCCUUCAUGUAUCUGAGAGCCAUGGAUGUGUAGUAACAACAUUGAAACAGAAGUACAAAUACUCCUUCCUCCACAAAACUGGGACAUCGGGCCAGUACGAUAGCGUACUUGUGAAGAGAACAACUGGUAGCAACUAG